CAUACAGUCUGCAGGCACACUUUGCUGGAGUAACAUGGCUGUGCGGCUCUUCGAGGGGAAAGAUCAUGCGGCGGCUUACCUGCAGUACAGAGUGGCACCCCAGGAGCUGGUCAGCACAGUUAUGAGCUUUAUGGAGAAAAGGACACCAAAACCAUUCAACCUUGCACUGGAUGUAGGCUGUGGAUCGGGGCAAGGGACGACCCUUUUGGCUCCAUACUUCACCAAAGUGGUUGGAACCGACGUCAGCCCCGUCCAGAUAGAGACAGCGCAAGCCAAUAAGAACCCUCCAAAUGUCUCAUACAGGCAGUGUCCAGCAGAAGAGCUACCAUUUGCAUCUGGAGAGGUGAACCUUUUGAGUGCCAUGACAGCAGCUCAUUGGUUUGAUCACCAGCGGUUCCUCAAGGAGGCUGACAGGGUGCUGAAACCUGGAGGCUGCCUGGCUCUCCUUAGCUACACCAUGGACAUGGAGCUUGAGUACGGGGACAUCUCCAGCACUCUCAAUGACAUAUGCAAAGAGUUUUAUGGUGCCCUGCUUCCAUUCCGAGAUCCCUACAUUGGAAAAUCCUCUAAGAAGAUCUACCUAGACAUGUUCAACUCCUGCUCUUACCAAGACAAAGAGUGGAACGAGUGCCUGCAGACAAAAAGGACCCUGCCAUUGAGUCAAUAUAUUGGCAUGGUGGAGACCUUCUCCAGCUACCAGAAACUGAAGAAUAAGGACCCAGCUGAGGCCAAACAUCUCUCUGACCAUAUCAGGAACAAGUUGAUGUCUGCAAUGAAGGUGUCCUCUCCUAAGACAGAAGUCACGAUGAUUAUGCAUUAUUUCUACUGGCUGGCGUGCAAACCUUGAUCACUCAGAAUGCAUGAAUCCUGUUUAGGAUUGCUUUCCAAGGUUUUUUAGCUCGUCGCCACUUAAAACAAACAACUGCCUUGUUAGACCCUGAUGAAGACUUUUUAGUCAAUAUGUGCAGGUUGUGCUUAUCCUUGUCGAGUUGGUUCUACUUUUUUAAAUAUCCUAACAUUUUUAUUAAAGAUUUUAACUCUAACAGAGUGCAUUAGCAAAAAAAAUUUUGUUAUUUUUUAGUUGUUUAGACCUACUGAUGAGCGCCGUGUUGUACAAGUCUCACAGCACUUCCUUUUUUUUAAUCUUUUUCUGAAAAUGCAAAUCAGAAUUUUCUAUUAAUAUUAGCUCGAAUCUGAAUGAAAUGAAGCUGCUCUUCAAUUAAUUUUAGACUACUGACUAUCAACUGCCUUAUAGAAAAUCUCAGAGUGAACACUAGAUGGAGCCAUUUUGUUGUAAUGAAGUCCAUGAAAAUCUCGUGUGCAAUCUUAAAAUCUUGAGUUUGACAAGUUUUGAGUGCACUUUUGUUUCUUUUUGUAAUAAGUAAACUGCAA